UGACACUGGCAGUUCCACUGUCGGCCAAUGGCCUCAAGAUCUGCCAUCCUCCGGCCAUGGUGAAAGCUGCGGCACGGCGGCGGCCUGCUGCAAAGAGGGUGGCGCGAAGCCCUCACGUCGCUUCGCGGCGCCGACUUCCAAAGGCUUGGGUCAUCAACUUGCAAAGAAGGAAGGACCGCUGGAGUGAAGUGGAGUGCUGCUUGAAGCGUAUUCCAGGUUUGGAGUUCGAGCGCUUCGAGGCCAUUGAUGGCACGUCCCAACGCAUCGAUGGCAGUGAAGUGGCAGAGGUCUGGAGCACGGCAGCGAAUUGGAAGUAUGUCACCAGGAUCUUCGAAGGAGGAGAAUCAUGUGGCUACCAAGUGCAGGAGCUGCGCCUCUCGCCGGGCGAGCGCGGCUGCGGCGCUUCGCACCUGCACCUGUGGCGGCGGUGUGCCGCUUCGCAUGUGCCGUCGCUGAUCCUGGAGGCGCCGAUGUCCAGAUCACAGGUGUGUGCCCGCAAGGAUGAUGCGCAGCUGAAGCGGACCUUUGCAGGGGCUUUGAGCCAGGCGCUGGCAGAGCUGCGAUCGUGCCGGCCACAGGUGCUCUACUUGGGCUACACGCAGGCGGCACCCUGGCGGAGACGCAUCGGCCCCUCCGUCCGUGAAGCGGAGUAUUUGUGGACGACGGUGGCCUACGUUUUGUGGCCUUCGGGGGCUCGUCGUCUUUUGGAGGAACUCCCAGUGGAUCAACCCGUGGACAACUUCAUGUCGCAGCUCAUGGCGCGGAAGAAGCUCCGCGGCUUUGCGACGGUGCCGCCUUUGGUCAAGCAAAGUAAAGCGUGGAAUGUGGACAACGACGUGGCACAUUCCGACGACCAGGCGUGGCUGCAGAAUCAGACGCAUCAGCGCGAAAACUCGCCUCCGCGACGAUGGGAGUUGGUCGGCCUUGGAUCAGCCACCCUGCCAGUCUUCAGCCUGGACACGGAGCUCCAUGUCACGGUCUGGAACCAUGCAGCGGCCCAGGCCACUGAAGUGGCGGCCUUCGAGGCGUUGCUGCGGGCUACGGGCUGCUGGUCACGCGGGCUCUUCCGCCGAGAUCAAUCGAUAGGACGCCCCAAAGAACAAGUCUUCGACAUUUUUGGGCGCAAGGGCGCCUACUGUCAGAAGUCCUACCAGUGGAGGCAGGGGUGGAGAUGGGUGGAAGCAGGUGGCUCUCGGGGCUCUCGGGGCUUCGCAGAUGGCCCGAGCCUGCAUCUGGCUGGGCCUUCCGGUUUAGACUUCGAUGAAGUCUAUGAAGGCCCGGAUGAAGUUCACCCGCAUCACCAUAGUCACCAUGUGCACCUGGAAGAGUCCUUCGACAUGGAUGAGUUCGCUGUGGCAGUGCUCUCCUACGGCUCGACGAUCCUCUUCGCCACGCUUGGCGCUGCGUUGGCGAUGCGCCUCUUCCGCGAGGUGCUUCGGCCUGCCCGGUCGCGCGACGAACUCCCCGACGUGGUGCAGAUGGACAUCCCAGGCGUUCAACCGUUUCGCCCCUUUGCUGGGCAAGGCUACCACCUGCAGGCGGACCUCGGCAAGCCACCCGAUCCGCCGAAACCGGCGGAGGACGAGAUGACCGGCAGUGGAGUACUCGCCCUGGACUGA